CCUCCCUGGCCGUCCAGAGCAGAGGCGGAGGCUGCUGCUGCUGCUGCUAGUCCUCGCUGGGCCUGAGGCGGAGGCGGAGGCGGUGGCGGUGGUGAAUUAGGGCCGGUUCUCUGCAAAGGGCAGGAUGCAGCGCUACAGCUCGGGCCUCAGCCUCGCCACGCUCACCACCACGAAGCCCAGGAAGCCCCCCGACGGAGAGGCGGGAGGAGGCACGGCCAAGAAGACAAGUGUUUGUCGGCUGCGCUUGACGCUCCCCCCGGAAGAAGGCUCCCCUUCCCAGGACGACAAAAACAAGGCUGAAAAGGCCAAGAAGCAGCUCUGCCAUGCUCCCAAUGGCUUGUGUGCGGGAAACGUCCUCCACGGCGUGGUGUAUGGCGUGGUGCGCAGGUCCGAUGACAACCACAACAAAGAAAUGGUGGUUUACGGGUGGUCGCCCCACCAGCUGAGAGAAGAGAUGCAGUAUAUAAGAGACGUAAGAUUGACUCUGGAAAAAGUAAGAAAGAAAAUGUACGGCGAGUACGACGACAUGAAACGCAAGAUCAAAGAGCUUACGAAUGAACUGGCAGCAUCUGGGGCUCAGCAGGGAUCUCUGGAAAACAGCCUACAAGUGCACUCGGCCGCUCUGGACAGCUUCAGCGAGAUGAACAGCUCCUUAACCUCGGCCUCCAUCGAGUUGCAGAGGACGUUGGUCGAUGUCACUUUGGAGAACACGCUCAUCCGCGACCAGAUCAAAAGCCUGAAGCAAACGCACGAAGAGUCCAUGGAAAGGCUGAAGGAAAAGCAGAAGCAGCUGGAGACGGCCAGGGUCGAAAACGAGUUGCUCAAACUCAAGGUGGAAUGUUCUCAGGAGGCCAACGCAGACGUCAUGAGAGAGAUGACCAGGAGGCUGUACAGCCAAUACGAGGAAAGGCUCCAGGAGGAAGAGAAGAAGCAUCAGCUGGAGAAAGAAACCCUGAUUGCUGAAACCAACAGACUGCUUACAGCAAUUGAAGACGCAAACAGGAGGAUGAAACUCUCAGAGACCAGUUUGCGAGAGAAAGACCAAAGAAUCGGGGAGCUGGAUCGGUUCAUUCAACGCAUGGAAGAGGAGCGCCAUCACCUGCAGAAACAGCUCACGGAGUAUGAACUGCAGCUGCACGGAGCAAGCCUUCCCAGACAGACGCGCAGGCAGAGGUCCCAUGAACUGGAGGAAGCCGCGUCCAGCUUGCAGGAGCGAAUCCGGCACCUCGACGACAUGGUCCUUUGUCAGCAGAAGAAGGUCAAGCACAUGGUCGAGGAGAUUGAGCUGCAAAAGAGGAAGAUGAAACAAAAGGAACUGUUUAUAGUACAGCUUUUGGAGAAAAUCUCUUUCCUCGAAGGAGAGAACAAAGAGCUGCAGGACCGUUUGGAUUACCUGAUGGAGACCCAGUCGAGGCCGGACGUGGAAACCAGGGACGUGGCAGUGGGGAGCGACCUUCCUGUGAGGAAAUUUAUAUCCCGGCUUCCGGACAAAGGGAAAAAGAUCUCUGAUUUUGCGGAGAGGCUGAGGGCGGCCAUUGCGGGCGAGGAGGAGCGGGAGAGAACCGCCGGGCUCUUGAAGGCAGUGCGGUCGGAGUUCCGGAAACAGCACGAGGCCACAGGAGCCACCAAAGCGGACAUUAAUGCCAUCCAUGACCACUCCAGACGCAAAGACGUUGAGGACAUUGGCAGGGAAGCCCAGCCAAGGGCGUGGACUCCAGAGGGAAGCCCUGGGAGCACAUCUGGGCUCUCGGAGGGGACUGUCGGCGUCUCCGGCCUUCCUCAAGGGAAGGAGAAAGCCUUGGAGAGACCCGAGACCUGUCGGACAUUAAGCGACGCCUUUGAAAGGCUUUCUGUUGCGGGAGGAAAGAGACCGGAGGCCGGAAGCAAUGCCAGUCCUUUCCGAAACUUUCCAAACGUGCCGCCCAAGACUCCGCAUUACAUUGAAGUCCUGGAAGAGAGAGCAAAGAACCCCGUGGCAACGCGGAGGAGCAGGUUCAAAACCAAUGCGUUGCCUGCAGAGUCCAGCGGAUCCUCCCAUGGCUCGCCGGGUGUUUCUUCCCCCGGAGGAGGUCUCUCUUCGUCACUGUCUGCGGAGGAAAGGCGCCGCAGGGACCGGCAGCACUUGGACGACGUCACCGCAGCCCGGUUGCCCCCUUUGCACCACCAGCCCUCCCAGUUGAUCCCCAUCGAAGACUCCAUCGCCAUUCAGAUCCUGCAGAAGGAACAGUAUGAGGAAACGCAGGCCAAGCUGGCGGCCCAAAGGCUGGGCGUCAAGAUGGGCCGCUAUGAGCCCGAAGGGGAGGCGGCGGCCGUUUAUCGGGAAGCGAGGGAUGAGGAAGAGGAGGAGGAGGAGGAGGGAUACAGCUCCACCGAGGACUGAAACUGGAGCAGACUCUGCGCCUGGGUGUGUGUGUCUUGUCCAUCUGCACCUCUGCCAAUCUCUUGACUGAUCCUCUGGAUGGUGCGGCAUAAGCACAAUCUGUGGGUGGACGUAACGGAGAAGGCCUCCUUCGAAGCUCUGCAAGAUCUGGACAGGCGCUUGCCUCUGGGCCUUUCCUGCAAUUGAUGGCCCCGGUCCCAAAGGUGACUGCACUUCCUAUUAAAAUCUCUUCCUUCUUCUUA